AUGGCUUCGGCUUCACCUGCCAGCACGCGCUUCGAUGAAAAUGAGUCUGAAUGGCCAUAUUCAUCUCGUGCAACCAAAAGACACAAACGCACCUUCACCGCAGGUACCUCGGGACCCUCAGCUCGCGAAAUUGGGUUUAUGAGAGAGUCUCAAAAUGAUGGAACUGCAACCUUCCUUGGAAGUUCAAGUGGAAUUCAUUUUAUCCGUCAUGUUUACCAUGCCUUCGCACGUCGUUCAGCAGACUUGGACCAAUCACGAGCUCGUGACAGAACCUCAGUGCCAGGGGAAGAUGACCGGCUACAGCAAAAUCCAGAUAGCAUCCAAAGCUCGGAUGAGCUGUGGGCAAGGGAGGAAUUAAGUUAUGCACCAGAUACCUUGUUCGCUUUCGACGAUCUUGUCAAGUGGACACGCAGCUAUUUCGAAAAUUGGCAUCCGAUUUUCCCAUGCCUCCACGCUCCGACAAUCUUAAAAACUAUAGAGACAGUCAGCCAAAAGGGGACAGAAUCGAUCAAUCGACUAGAAUUGAUGAUUCUCCGCUCCAUCGUGUCCAUUUCUCUCGGUGAUAAUCGACAGAAAACGCCGUCCGGAUUGAAGCUGGGUCCCGUUCCUUCUGUCUUGGUCUUUCGAUCCAUUCAGCAUGUGAUGCGAGAUGUACAAAACCUCCUUGAAGAACCAACUAGCUUGCCACUUCUACAAGCAGCGUUCACCGCUCAACUUGCGCUCACAUCUCUUUUGCGUCUGAAUGCCGCCUCGCGGGUAGGGGGUGUCAUCACCCGCACUGCAUUCCACCUCGGGUUGCAUCGUUGCCCGAGACGCUAUUCUUGCUUUAAAAGCGAAGAAGCUGACAUCCGCUGUCGAUUAUUCUGGUCGAUCUAUUCGCUUGAAAGAUAUCUUUCUCAAGCCCUCGGCAUUCCGCUCUCUAUUCGAGAUGACGAUAUCGAUGUGUGCUAUCCCGGUGCCGAGAUGCAUUCUUCAGUAACUGGCAAAUUCCCCGAUGAUCACAGGUUGCGUUUACUCUGCCACCUUGCGAAAUUUGCGCGGAUUCGAGGUUUGAUCGUUGAGCUUCGUAAUAAAUCCAUUCCCCACAGACUCGCCAGCCAGGUGGAAGUGGCUCAUGUUACUGGAGAACUAGCGCAAUGGUGGAAUGAAGUUUAUGACGAUGCCAACCCGGUUGAUGAGCCUAUCGAAGCUGAACUAGAGCAAGAGCCGAUCUUGCAGCCAUACCACCGGCUACUACUAAUGAUCCUGAGGCAUGAAGCUAUCAUCUCGCUCAACCGACCUCUUUUAGCCUCUGAGAAUCCCAGUGCAGAUUAUAAAAAUGCAUUGCAGACUUGUAUUGGAUCCUCUCGGUCUAUACUUGUGGCACUGAAAAAGCACAUGUCCUCCGAACCAAGAUCCUCGCUCUCCUGGCCAGGCUUUACGUGGUCAACUUGGAUGGCCUGUCUCAUUCUGAUGUAUGCAGCAUGGGAAGAGGCAUUCCCCACGCCAACUGCUCUCAAAUAUGCGAAAAUGGGGAUUGCCAUUUUAGAGAACCUAUCAUUACGUGGAAGCAGCUGGCCAGAGACCUGCAUCGAGGCGAUCAAAGGCAUGGAAUCUGCUUUCGAGGCCCAAACAUCUAGUGGCCAGCAAUCCAAGGCUACUGUCACACUUAACGGCACCGAGAGACCAAAUCAACCGCAUGCCCAAGCUACACCAAUGACGGAUAAACGGAUAUCACGAAUGCUGCCGGUUCAGGGUGCAAAUAAUGAGAUUGUCGAUACAGGCCUCACACCAAUUCGACCUCAAGCCCUUUCACACUCUACCGGACUCCAUCAGUCUCAAUCAUCGAUUCGCUCUCCUUCCCAAGGCCUUGGGCCUGCGGGAAACUACGACUCUGCCCUUUUUUCGCCGUCUGAUAAUAUCGGUAACUUUGCCGAAGCGUUAGACCCUGCUGAGAACUAUCUCGGUGGACUGUCUUCGGCCGGUCUCAUUUUCGGCAACAUGGGUGACGGAAACCCUGCCUUUAAUCCGAGUUUUGCUGGUCAAGACUCUGUGCCAUUUUCAUCAUCUAUGGCCAUGAAUGAUUUAUGGAGUGUGGCCGAUGGCCCAUGGAUGAUCCACAAUAACUUAUUGUGA